AUGUCCACCUCCAAAACCUCAGAUAAACCCUUUAAAGCUUAUGAGCAGGGCCAGGCACAGAUGGGUUUUGCUUCUGUGCUUCAGAGGAGCACACCUCCCUCUCAGUCUGGUGAGAGAAGGGGCCGAAGAAAGCAAGCAGAGCCAGGGAGGUUUCUUGGGGUGAGGAGAAGGCCUUGGGGAAGAUAUGCUGCUGAAAUUCGAGACCCUAGCACUAAAGAAAGGCACUGGCUUGGCACAUUUGACACUGCUCAAGAAGCAGCUCUGGCUUAUGACAGAGCUGCUCUGUCCAUGAAAGGCUCACAAGCAAGAACCAACUUCAUUUAUUCUGACAACACCACUUUUCACUCUCUCCUAACACCCUUUGAUCUCCAAACCCUUUUACCACAACAAUCGCAGUUUUUCUCAGCUGCCAAACAACAACCCACCAAUCACAACAGUCCACCUCGUCAGUCUGGCAUUUUUCAGAAUGAUCAAACUCAAAACCCCAAUAUCAGGUCCAAUAACAUUAACACAUGUGGAGCUGAAACCUCUCAUGGUUCAUCUGCACAUGAUGGGGAUGAUGAUGGUUUCUUUUUCUCCAAUGGUUCUAAUUCUAACUCAGGCUACUUGGCCUGCAUAGUUCCUGACAACUGCUUGAGGCCUCCUUCUGAAUCUGAUCAUCAUGCCACUAAUCACAGAAGCUCCAAAACCAGUGACUUUAAUAUUGAUCAAGAUUGUAGCUUUGCAAACACUAACUCCAUUGAAACCAAAUCACAUUGUCUAGAUGUUAUGAAUGUGCAAGCUGCAUUAAUGGCUUCUAACACUAACCCUCCUGGAGAUCAGCUUCCUAGCUUUGAUGGAUUCAGCCAUGGAUUCUGGGACAACCAGCAGCCAAUAUGGGAGUUGCAUUCAAGAGAGCUGUCUGCAGCCAUGGUGGACAAUCCAUUCAUGAUUGAAGAUGGAUGCAUGGGAGGAGGAGGUUUGUAUCCGAUCGUCGAAAAUUCUAGUUUUGGCUUAAUACCUCAGGCAACUACUUCUUCUUCUUCAUUCUCUUGCUCUCCAUCAGUUCCUCCUUUUGGUGAUGUAGUCUUUGAGUUUGGCCAGUCACUCUUUUGA